AUGGAUGACCCAAAUGCUGAUACCGAAUGGAACGAUAUUCUUCGUGAACGAGGAGUUCUUCCUCCAAGAAAGGAACCAACUGAAGAUAUAUUAGAAGCUAUGGACCAAGCUAUCAUGGAAAGACAAGAUAGACAUCUUGAAGAUAAAACAUUGGAUGAAUUGGAUGAAUUGGAAGAUGAAGAGGAUGACCGUAUAUUAUUGGAAUAUAGACUGAAAAGAAUAGCAGAAAUGAAGGCAGAAGCUUUACAUAAUAAAUUUGGUGAAUUAAUUCAAAUAUCUAAACCAGAUUUUAUAAGAGAAGUCACCGAAGCUAGUAAAGAAGUUUGGGUGGUAGUGCAUUUGUUUAAGGAUUAUAUACCAGAGUGUAAACUCAUGAAUGCACACCUAUCUACUCUUGCCGCAAAAUAUAAGGCGACCAAGUUUAUAAAGAUAAUUGGCGAUCAAUGUAUACCAAACUACCCAGAUAAAAAUUUACCGACUUUGUUAAUUUAUGGUGAAGGUGACAUGAAAUUACAAUUAGUCGGAUUAGCUCAAUUGGGUGGAAUAAAUAUGAGCCUUAAGAGACUCGAAGAUUAUUUAAUUUCUUCAGGAGCUAUUGGAAAUACUGAAGAAUCAAUAUAG